AUGAAAACUACGUCAUCAGUUAAUAGUCAUAUUGGGUAUAUCAACAUAAUAACUGCACUGAUACUGCUGAAUGUAAUUAAAUAUGUAAUAAAUUCAGAAUUUAAAAGUGAUGGCUUAACUUAUCCUGGCAAGAGUGAUUAAUUAAAAUGCGGAUUAGGAAGAUGUGAUUAUACAAAUGAACCCUGUUCUUUAAGUGAUGAUUGUGGAUAGAUUUUAAUUGAAAAUCUUAAGAUUAAUGAUGAUGGCACAAUAUAACCACCUAUUGUAUAGAAUUAAACGUGCUAAAAAUAUUGUUAGUAACAAUUAGAAAUCUAACCCUGUAAGGAUACAGACCCCCCACCUCAAGAAGUCUUAAACCCUGAAAUACUUUAAUAAUAAAAAUGUUUUGGAAGUUGUAAUUACACAAAAGACCCUUGCUAAAUGUUUAGCGAUUGUCCAAAAGCUUAAUAAACUUUAGUAAAUCAAGUAUAACUUGAGAACAAUACUAUCAAUAUAACUACUAUUAUACAAAUAACUUAACUCUGUGAUUCAUAUAAAUGUUCAGAUAGCCAUAAAUCUUGUAAUAAGACAGCUGAUUGUUUUCCUUUUGUAGCUAAAUCUUGGGAACUUUAGGAUGCAAUAUGUAAAAAAUAGGAUAUCUAUACUAAAUCAGAAAUCUGCAAAGGGUUUUAUUAUCUGCAGUUAAAAUGCCGAAACAUUUUUUCUAAAGCUCUUUGUAUUCAAAUGACAAAUGAAAACUGUUACUUUGAUUUAAAUUAAGGUGGUUGUAUUUAGCUUGAAGGGAAUGAACAUAAAGUUCCAAAUUGUGAUAGCAUAAAAAAUACUCGCAAACCAACUAAAUAAUGUGAUAACUUUACCAAUAUUUGUAGAUUUAGUGGGUAAUAAUAAAAUGAAUAUCAGAAUACAUGCCAAGCAGUAUCUUCAUAAUUAGUGUAAUGUAAAGAUAGUAGUGAAUAAAGUGUUGCAGAUAAUUCAUGUCCGGCUAAUACACAUCAUUAUAUAACUUGUGUUAGAGAUUAAAAUUUUCAAAGCUCGUUGUCAUGUAUAAGGGUUCUUAAUCCAUCAAUAUUUAAUUGCGCUGCAGUAGCUGAUUAUUGUCGAUAUUCAAAUGGAGUUUGUAUAUCUGAUCAGAAUACCUAUCCAUGUAAAUGUGAUAAAAGCUUCAGUAAAUCUUGGUGUGAAUUUUGUAAAUGCAACUUCGAUUUGCUUGGAUACUGUUAACUUGAGAGUAAACCUAUUCAAAAAUUACCUGACAAUUCUAAUCAAUAUUAUUUAUGUUAUGAGGUGAAUUUGUUACCAAUUGAUGCUGAUGGUAAAAAAAAAGUUUGUGGAAUGGUCGAUUAAGCAUGUCGAUACACUUUUAUAUGUGAAGAUGCAACUCAUUAUAGUUGUGAUUACCUUCUAAAUUUGGUUGUAUCUAAAAGAGCUUGCAUCAGGUGUAAUUCUUUAAGUGUUUAUUAUGAUGAACAAAAAUAAUUUUGUAAAAUAUAGGAAGAUGAUAUAAAAUAGUGCAACUCAUUAAACAAAUAGGCAUGUUUAUAAAUGACAAAAGGGAUAAAAUGUAAAUGGGAAGAUUAUGAAUGUAAAUAAAUAGAUAGAAUAACCGGAUCUGAUAGUAGAGAUUGUUCAAUUUAUAAUUAAGAUGCUUGUAUAUAAUUCUAGUAAGAUUGUUGGUUUGAUUAGAAUAUUGGUUAUUGUACAUAGUUUGAUCCAACUUAAGGUUCUUGUAAUUUAUUAUUAAAUGAAGAUCUUUGCUUAUUUUCAUUAAAGGAAUCUUGUUUAUGGGAUUCAAUUAAUUUAAAGUGUAUGAAGAAUGAUAAUCAAAUUACAUAAUGUUCAGAUUUAAAUAAAUUUGGAUGUUUAAAUUAAUCAAUCAUGUCAUGUGUAUGGUCAGAUCUUUAUAAAUGUUAAUGGGCUAUAUUAAAUGAUAAAGUAAUAUCAUGUAAUUCUGUAUUAUCAAAUACUUAAUAAUCAUAUAUUACACAUUUUAGUUAAAACAUUUGUUCUUAAUUAAAGAUUCAAUCAAGUUGUUUCUUAGAUAAUUAUUAUUAAUGUAGAUAAACUAUUAUUACAGAUAUAAUUAAAUGUAAUACUUAAGGAUUAAAUAAAUUUGGUUGUAUUAAUAGAUCAAUAGGAUAAUGUUAAUUUAAAGAUGAACAACAUUAAUGUAUAGAAAAUACAAAUGAUUAAAUUGGAUGUCUUGAUUCAUUAAAUAAAUAGGCUUGUAUUUCUUAAAAAUAAACAUGUAAAUUUGAGAAUAAUAUCUGUUCUCUUCAUUAAGUAAAUACAAUUAAUGAUAUCAUUAAUUCUACUUUAUUAUUCGUUUAUUCUAAAAGUGUUUGUUAUGCUAUAGAUUAACAAAUAACAGAUUGUUUGAUAUAUAGUGAAAUAUAAAAUAGAUGUAUUAAUGUAUCUAAUAGAUAACCUUUUAUUGAUAAUUGUUAUAAAUUUACAAUGAAUAAGUAUGCUUGUUUAUAAAAAACAUUAUAAACAUGUGAAUAUAAUUAAAAUGAAAAUAGUUGCAUUUAAACAUCAUAAUAAACUUUGAAAACUAUUAAUAAUUGUUUUCCUGAAAAAUAUUUAAAUUGGAUUUCUUGUAUAUCUUUACCUUCUAAUUGUAAAUUCAAUGGAAUAAAAUGUUAAUCUAUUGAUUUAAAAGUUGAUACUUGUGAAUCUUUAUCUAAAUCUAUAAUUUAUAGUUAAAGCUUCAGUUUGUGCAACUACAAAUGA